AUGACUACACUACCAUUACAGUCAAACACCGACACAGGACGAACUAUGGAGAAUAUCAUAUUUUCAAAUAUUGAGGGGGAGAUAUACCCUCCAAUCGGUUCGUAUGGGAACAAGAUUGUUUACUUUGCCAGUAACAGUGUAUUGUUUAUCUCUAGGGCUCGCCUUGGUCAAUCCAAUGAGGGCGUAAAAGGUACCGCACGACUUGGCUUCACAACAGGAAUAGACACUCACAAACCAAAUAGUGUUAUUCUCGUCAAAUCAACAAUUUCCAAUAUCACUCUUAUUCAGACUGAUAAACGAGUUAUCAAAGGUUAUUUCCCGGCACGACUUGGCUUCACAACAGGAAUAGACACUCACAAACCAAAUAGUGUUAUUCUCGUCAAAUCAACAAUUUCCAAUAUCACUCUUAUUCAGACUGAUAAACGAGUUAUCAAAGCUUGUACAGCUAUUGCUAACUGUCAGCAGUUACACUGUACGUCAUCAACGAAUCAAGCAUGUCAUCGAUGUAACUAUGACAGAGGUGGAGAUAUUAUUGCAUAUCAAUUGCUAGAUUACGGUGGAUAUCCAAACAGGAUAUGUGAACUGAAUACAUCUCCCAUCAUGCAAUACUGUUUAGGAACACUGAUUCAGACGACAGGUGAUUACAGAGCAGACGCUGACUGUGACGAUCACGUGACGGCACCUACGACUGUUUAUACAAAUAUCCAACCAGAUCGUAUCCAGGUUGAGUGGCAUAACAGUUACACAGGUCCUAACGCCGCUGAUUGGCCACAACAGUAUUAUGUGGAAGAUUUCAAAGUUGGCGUAAUUUCAGCAUCCUAUGAUUGGUGGGUCAUCAGAGGUGAAACUAAUGUCAAAAGUGGGAUUGUCACGUGCUCUAUUGGAUACAGUCAGGACAAUCCACAUCAAGCUAUGCACGACUGUGACGUCACGGGUGAUAUUGUUUUCACCUUUCAACAUGAAGACAGGUUUUACUUCACAGCAAAGGCUCGCAAUGGUGGUUACAUUACUAUAAGAAAUUAUGAUGCAACCUCUGGUUACACGAUUAAUCCCAAGAAUUACUACACAGGCGUUGAUGUAGCACAUACAGCAGACUUUACUCUGGACUAUCAGCCUCCAACACAUUGUACAGUUACCGGAAGUUGUUCUGAUCAUAUGCUCGAUAGGGGCCCAGCGAUAACUAAAACUCGUGAUAUAACUGUUCAGUAUAUUGGUUGGCAUGACGAUCUGUCUGGUAUACUACGAUAUGAGUAUGAAGUAUAUAAGAUGCAAGCAUAUGGUGAUGUAUUAGGAUAUAGGUCAAUACCCCCCGUGAUGAGCGGACAAGUAGAUCCACCAGCUAAACAGUUUACUAUCACAUUAAAUGACCCAGGAGUGUAUUGUGUUAUGCUGACUGUCGAUGACGUAGCUGGUAAUCAUAUUAGAGCCAGGCGAUUCCUAAUAUUUGAUGAUGUCAACGGAGUUAAUACAACAGACCAGUUCCCUAUCUGGGUUGACUCUGCAGCGGAAAAUACAACCCACAUUUGGCAAACUGAUCUUCAAGAUUCAAAUAAUACUGGGCCACAAAUAGUGCUGCAAUGGCCAGGACACUUUUAUAACUGGUUUCACAGGGAACACAAAUUUCUUAAUGCCAUUGAAGAUAAUUCACCUCCAUUGACGCCAGAUUAUGAAGAAGUCACAGGUCAACCUCCAACAACCAGAUCACGUGAGGCAAUACCGAAUGUCAACGCCAUCGUUCGAUUCGAAGUAAAUUACGGUAUAGACCACCAGGGAGGGCGUACUAUCACUUCUUCUUCUGAAAACUGGCGAGACGUUGAUAAUAUUAAGGUAGAAAAGCAAAAAAUUAAUAUACCUCGCCGCGAUGGCGAUUCCAUUCAUUUAUGGGUGAGAGCUACAGAUGUGAUGGGCAAUACAAACCAGGACGAUGUACUGAUUCACGUAGAUUCGUCACCGCUUAUUUUUCGAACCUUCGACGAGCAUAGUGGAUUACUUAAUAUUCAUUGGAAUUUGACUGCCAUGUCAGACGCCACCGUUUCACUUGGCGAAGAAAACAUCGCUAUCAGAAGGCCACUGAUCGGCGUUUCGUUGUGUGAUCUUCCAAGCUGUGCGUGCAUACCGAAAGAUGGCGAGUGUUAUUUUACAGACUAUGCCGUGGAACUCGAUGGAAACUUGCUGGGCAUACCAACUGAAGAACAUGAUGAAAACAAAGAACAUGAUUAUUUAUUUACAAUCACAAUAACAAACAAUGCCAUGCUCACGACGACAAGAUCGACCCAGAUACGGUUGAUUCAGAAAAGCAUUAUUAAUACCGAACAGGAUAUGAUUACGGUAAAUGCAAGUGCACUCUUUGUUGGUCCGCUGAUUACAACACCCGACUACAUAGACACCAAUCUUCGCACACAAAACGAUAUUUUGUUACCAUCUGCAAGUGGUACAGGGACUGCCUUGGUUGUUAUAGUGGUUACUAUUAUAGUUGUAGUAGUCUUAUGUCGUAGAAAGAAGGCAAGUAAAGAAACAGAAAGAGACAACAUUGAGAACGCACCAUCAACAAACCAACUAAACAAUACCGGGAUGGAUGAACCCAUAAAUGGUAUUGUUGGCAACGAGUACACUGAUAUCACAGAGAAUGACCAGCAUUACAUGACAAUUAUUAAGAAUGACGUCAAAGUGAAUGAAUACGAAUCCAUUGUUGGCGGUAAACAGCACUACGCUGAUGUCAAUAAAAACGACAUCCAGAAGAAUGUCUACGAAACUCCUACCAAUGUAAAGAAUAACGAGUAUGAAUUAGUACGAUACUGA